AUCAACAAAAGUUAUUUGAGUAAAGAACCUCUCUGUUCAUUUCCUGAGAUGUUCGUUUAGUUAAAAACGCCGAACGCUUAGCUGUGAAGUAAAAUGUUUGUGAUUCAAGGUGUGACUUAAGAAGGGAGCAGAAAUUUCGCUAUGUGUUUGGUAGAUUCCUGCUGCUGUGGCCUUCUUUCCCUGCACAUGGGGACUUUGUUGAUCGGCUGGGCUUAUCUGUCCUCAUCCAUCAUCAUAUGUUUGACGGAGUUUACUAACCCAUGGGUGCAUCAGCUGUACUGCAUCGAUUAUAACGUAGAAUGGUCCCGCGCCGUGAUGAUCCUGUGCGCCCUCAUGGUGCUCGCAUGCGUGCUGCUGCUGAUCGCAGUCUAUGAGCAUCGGCCCUCACUGGCGACGGCUUUUCUGGUGGCAGCUGUCACCAAGGCGGCGGCGAACGUGCUGCUGUGGUCCAGGCAACAUCCGUCGCGGCCGCACGAGGCCAUCCUACACGCGGAGGUUGUCCUCAUCAACUGCACGGUGCUGCUGUACUCCUUCUGCGUGGUGCUCAGCUACUAUAUGGACGUGACGCAGGAGCAGCUGUACUACUACGACUGAUCGUCGGGGCGACGCCCGCUCUGUCUGCUACGCUGGACAUAUGGCCUGUGUCCCACGUGUCUCCACUGUUCUGUGUCACUACAGUAUUUCUACACUGAGCGUGUGUCGAUAAACAGUAGCGUUUUUGUCAGUAGACCGUGAUUCCGUUUUAUUGUACUAUGUGAGAGAAGUUUUGUUUAUGUGCAGAAUGAAAUACAGGCAUGAGUAUGAGUAAAUAAUGGAGAAAA